GGCCGCUCUGGCACAUACUCUGGCUGCUGGUGGAGGGGAGCUCUAUGGUUCCUUCCCAUAGGAACCAUAGAGUUCUGCUCUUUCCAGAGUGGCCUCCUGAGAGUGGGAAGAGGCUUUGCAGAUGGAAGAAGCUUUUGAACUGGGAAAAGGAGGAGAGGGAGAAGGUUCCCUUACACCCCAGGAAUCCCACUGUUCUUUUUUCCUUAAGUGAUGACAUUUCUGCACCUGGACUCAAUCCUCCCACUGAGUGCAACAAGGCCAACAAAAGAACCAGAGGCUAAGACUGUAUUUUCCUCUUCUGCAAUUCUAAAAAAAGGUUUUAAAGGAUCAAGAGCCAAGAGUCCUGCAUUAAAUUGGGAGGGUUUUCAAUUGUUACCAAGUCUAGAUUUCCACUUUAUUUUCAGAAUACCUGAACAUAAUUCAACUAUUUUUUGUGCAAGUAUAAACUCUGUUGAGUUGAUAGGGCAGAAUCAGGAGAGAAAAACAUGAAGGAGCACUUAUAUGCAGGCCUGGACCUAGAAGGAAGACCAGUCAGAGCAGGAAAGGCCACUAAUGCCAUUCACCCUGAAUAUAUGGCUGAGCAACCAGGUUGGGGAGCUUUGCAAGAGGGCAAAGGAAGUCCAGGGAAAGGGAUGCAACAGCACUGGGAAGCCCAGUGGCAGGAAUUCCUAAAGACACUGCAGCCCAUUCACUCAAAAUGGGAAACUCCAGUAAUAGCAGAGAGCGCUCCAUGGGAAGAUGCCAAAGCCUUCUUGGCCUCCUUUGAGCAAGUGGCCAAAGCUUGUCGGUGGCCUAGAGAAGAGUGGGCAGCCCGGCUUCUUCCAGCACUGAGUGGAGAAGCAGAGCAGGCCUUUCAAACCCUGGAAACCAAGGACAAAGAGGAUUAUGAGAAAGUGAAGGCUGCCAUUUUGCAAGGGGAUGCCUUGAGGAUGGAGCUGCAGCGCCAGCAUUUUCGGGAGUUCUGCUGCCCAGACGUUGAAGACCCCCGAAGGAUUCAUAGCCAAGUCCAGGAGCUUUGCCAUCGGUGGCUGAAGCCGGAGAGACGCAGCAAGGAGCAGAUCCUGGAGCUGCUGAUCCUGGAGCAAUUCCUGGCCAGCCUCCCAACAGAUCUGCAAAACUGGAUCCGAGCUGGAGGACCAGACUCCUGCUCCCAGGCUGUGGCUUUGGUAGAGGACUUCAUGACAAGCCAGCAAAAAGAUGAUAGAGGGACAUGGCAGGGGCCAAUGAAGGAGGAAGGUUUGUCUUCCCAGAAUGCAGAGGAAGAGCCCUCGGACACUGUAAGGGGAGAGCUCUGCAAACAAGCCAAACAAAGCAGUGAUUCAAGGAGCAAUGUCUUGAGAAGUGCAUUCAAAUGUUCCAGUCAGGGUAGUUCAUCACUUUCCCCAGAAGAACAGAGAACAGUCCAAAAUGAUGUCAAAGAGGAACCAGUAGAUCUCAAAGAAACUGUCCCAUCUUUGCAGAUAGACUGGCAGAAUCUGACCCAGCCAAGUCAACAGACCAUUGUCUGGCAAGUCCUUCAGGAGGACGAAGGGCAUGUAGAUUCAUUGGGUGACAGGAUGGAAGGUCAGGUCAAGUUGGAGAAUUCUCAGUAUGGACAAAAUGAGCUGGAAGUCAUCUCACAGGCAACUCCACAGAAAAACCAAGGGAAUGUGCAGGGAGUGUGUGAAGAGAGAGGGAAGUCUAAAAGUUAUCAGAGGAAGCAUGCCCUAAAGACAGCGAAGGAAUAUGUUGAAUGUCGAGAAGGCCUUACGAACACUGUUAACCAUCCUUCCAAAGAAUAUUCAAAGGAGGAAAUGCUCUUAUUCUCCAUAUGUGAUAGAAGGUCUCAUUAUGGACCUGAUGCUGAUAUGAUGCAUACCAGAGAGGACUGUGCUGAACAGUUCAUGUCAGGGGGAAUCAUUCAGCAAUAUUCAUACUCCGAUAGACAUCAGGAAAUUGUAACAAGAGACAAUAAAUCUCAAUUGACUGAGCGUGGGAAUAAGGGUAAUUUAGACAGACUUCAGAGUGCCUACAGAGAAGGGAAACUUCAGAACAUUCCCGAAUCUGGGAAGAAUUUUUGUUACACAACGUCACUACCAAGAAAUCAAGGAACUGAAAGUGAAGGGAGACCAUUUGAAUGUUCUUUUUGUAGGAAAUGCUUCAGUCAGCAAGAACAUUUGACGAAUCAUCAGCAACUUCAUACUGGCGAGAAACUGCAUGAAUGUCCUGAGUGUGGAAAAAUCUUCACUUCUAGGCAAGCAUUGAGGAGACACCAGGGAAUUCAUACUCUAGCAAAACCAUACAAAUGUUCUCAAUGUGGAAAAUGUUUCAGUCAGCGAAGAAAUUUGACAAUUCACCAAAGGAUUCACACAGGAGAGAAACCAUAUAAAUGUCCUGAAUGUGGGAAAAAGUUCAGUCGGACUCAGUGUUUGAAGAACCAUCAGAGAAUUCAUACUGGGGACAAACCGCACAAAUGUUCUCAGUGUGGCAAAUGCUUCAAUCAGAGAAGAUACCUGAAGAACCAUCAGAGAAUCCAUACUGGCUUGAAACCUUAUGAGUGCUCUCAGUGUGGGAAAUGUUUCAGUAUGGCAGAAUAUUUGAGAAACCAUCAGAGAAUUCAUACUGGUGUGAAGCCAUUUCAGUGUUCCCACUGUGGGAAAAGUUACAUUCAGAAAGUAGCCUUGAUAAGUCAUCAGAGAAUUCAUACUGCAGAGAAUUCAAAAAAAAACAUUGCUAGCAUAGGGGAUGCUUCAGUGCGGGGAGACAGCUGAAGAGCAACAAAAUGAUGUAUUUAGUAUGCCAUACAAAAUAGUAUGAGGAAAAAACUUUGUUCAGGCAGAAUUAUUCUCUUGAAGUAUCAUCAGAGCAUCACACAUGGGACAAAAUAUUCAUAUGCACAGAGGAGGGAUAUUAUAGGACUGCAACUUUCAGCAUUCCUUUAGCUGGGUUGAGUGCAUAGAGUUGUACUGCAACAUGUUGGAAGCUGCAGGAUUCCCACCUGGCCAAGCAGUUUGGCAAAAGCAUGUCUCAGACAGAUUGAUUUAUCAGAGCUGAAUUCCACAAAUUUAAGAGAGGUUUUGUUUAGAGGGGUUGAAUGAUUAAACUCUGGAGCAAAUUCCAAUAAGUAUUCAGUGGGUAAGUAAGUGGGAUUGUCCACUAUACUUUCAUGCAAAUACUGUGUAGGAAAACCUUCCCAUCAGAGACAAUUUGGACUCGUACAGUAGCCCCCCCCCAAAAAAAAAAAAAGAGGAGAGGGGACCCUGAAUGAGGUGAAAGAAUCAUUGUAAAUAAUUCAGCCUCUGGUUAGCACCAUUUACAAUGUAGGUGUAAUAAUUCUCUACACAGGCCAAAUGACUUUGUGUGCCCCCCCCCUCAUGUCACCCUAUCUACAUCAUGCAGAGCCAAAGGACCAAUUCAACUGUGGACUGUCUUCACAUGGGAAGGCCAGUCCCACAGUGAAUCCAAGCCAUCCCUCCUUAAAACCACUUUUAAAAACCUCAACAUUUGCUCUGGACCGUCCUAGAAAAUUGGAAGCACUCUGGAGUGACACCGGACAGCUGUUUACACAGUGCCUUGUUGUGCCACUUGGAACGAGUUGCUCCUCUGUGGUCAGAACGAGGCACCCAAUGAUAUGAUCAAUGAUGGGUGCAUCAUUUUCAGGCUCAGAGGGAGUGCCAGCAAUGGGACACACAUGUGAACAGCUGUCACACAUUGCUCCAGAGUGCCCAAGUAAUGGGGGAAUUUGGGGCAGGUUAAGGGCCAGAAUACUCCCAGAAUAUUCUGGCCAAUGUAGACCUACCCUCAGUCUCACAUGCCGCCUUAUCUUUGUUGUCAAGAUUAUUGUAGCAUCAGCUUGUUUCUUCCUACCUAGUGCAAGAAAUCUUUACAUAUCAUGUUAAGGAAUUUUUUCCAUCAUAAAAAGACUGGAAAGAACAUGGCUAUCUGAUAUUUCAUGGGUGGAGUGGAGGAUGUGGGGGAUAUGAUGCCAAAUCUUUGCAUCAUUGAAAAUCUUUGAUUCCAGAAACUGCUCUCUUUAAGCAGUCUUGCCACUAUCACCCUGCAAAGAGAGACUGCUAAGCAAAUCAGUGAGGAAGUCAAGUCUGCUGGCAAAAUAAUUCUUCCAUCUGUUGCUUUUUUUCUUCUGCAAUUCCCAUUCAGAGACCACCAUGUGAGGGGCACAAUUGUGACCAAACAUUUUCAACCACUGGUCCUUUUUUUAACCACAUGCACUUUUACAGGUAAAAGUCUCUCUGCCUGACAUUGGUAACUUCUCUUUGCCCACUUGAAUGAACCUGGAAUGUCUUGUGUGCCUUCAAGUCAUUUUUGACUAAUGGAGCUGCAAGGUGACACUAUCACUUGGCAAGAUUUUCCCCAAGGUUUGCCAUUGCCUUCCUUUGAGGCUGAGAGAAUGUGACUUGUCUUAGUUCUCCAUGGCCAAAGAGUGAUUCAAAGCCUGGCCUCCAGAGUCAUAAUCCAACACUCAACACUGGGUGACUUGAGGCAAG